UAUUGUUGAACGCUGAAAAAUGCUGAAAGCACAUCACUAGAAAUUCUAAAAACAUCGAAAACUGCAUUAAAAUUACUUAAAAAAUGGAUUAUAUACACUCCGUUUGGAAUUACCUGGCCUCGAUCUGCAACUGCUGGCAAUGCACCGAAGACACAGGAGCUCAGCCGAACGAGCCAAACGAGAGGACACACCUUCUAGUAGAUCCCGUGAACCACAGCCCGGCCCUCCGGAGAAGCAACUCGGAUGGCCUGAGCAACGACUACGCCCACUCGCUACCCAAGAAGGAUGACCAGACCGCUCUAUCCAGAUUGGUUCAAAAUACAGCCAUAAACAUGAUCAAUGUUGGUGCCAUGGACUGCCAUAGCUUGGAGCACCAGGAGUACACUGACAGAAUAAGAUUGUACUCGCAGAGGUUGCACCAGCAGUGGAGUAAUGUACAACACCCCAGUGUCAUACUGAAAGGCCUCUUAAAAGACGUCCCCAGCCAUCAGUUCUAUUUAGCAAAGCCUCUUUAUCCGGAGGACACAGCUCAAAUGAAGGACUUUAUUGAGAAAGCGCAUGUGAGUGUCUCACAUAUUCAAAUUGACCACAAGGAGGCAGUGGUUGUGCCCUUCCGGAUUCCCUGAUUAGUUUAUUAAAAUAAAUUAAGAUGCAGUGAUAAAUUAAUAUGAAAUCAAAAAAAUAUAUUGGUACUAAGUAACCUUUGAAUAUUCAGGUAA